UGGUAGGAGGGGCUACGAUUGGUUGACAAGUUGCGUGCAUGGAUCAGCUCCAGUCAUCUUCUGGUGUCGAGAGUGUGUAGUGUACACUUUGUUGUUCUCCCACCGCCAGAAUGAUCGCUGCAGUCCUAGUCCUCUUCCUCACUCAUACAGCUCUCGCGGUACGCACGCCCACCAUCAGCUGGAUCACCAAGGAGCAGAUUGUCGACAUCGGAUCGUCAGUGCAGCUGGAGUGCUCUGUGCAGUACUCCGUCGACUACCCCGUCCUCUGGAUCAAAAAAGGGUCAGACGAGACCCAAGAUCUGCCCAUCAGCUCCGGUCCUACUCUCAUCCUUAGGGAGCCUCGGUACUCCCUCAGACACGACACUGGAUCCUCCACCUACAUCCUACAGAUCAAAGACCUGCAGGAGAGCGAUGGAGGAGAGUACCUGUGUCAGGUGCUCAUUAGCCGCACUAACCGCGUCACUGCCACCGUCAACCUGCUGGUGCGACGCCCCCCGUACAUCCUCGACAACAGCACCAGGACGGUGGUGGUUAGCGACGGGGACAGCGUGAAGUUGGAGUGCUACGCAGGCGGGGUGCCCACGCCCUCCAUCUCCUGGCGCCGCGAGAACAACGCCAUCCUCCCCACCGGCGGCUCCAUCUUCAAGGGCAACAUCCUGAUGAUCCCGAGCGUGCGCAAGGAAGACCGCGGCACCUACUACUGCAUCGCCGACAACGGCGUGAGCCGCGGCGACCGCCGCAACAUCAACGUCGAGGUGCAGUUCGCGCCCGUGGUCGAGGCGACGCGACCACGCGUCUACCAGGCCAUGCAGUACGACAUGGACCUCGAGUGCCACGUGGAGGCCUACCCACCCGCUGCCAUCGUCUGGAUCUUCCGACAAGAAUCGAUCGUGAACAACAGGGACUACCGUGUGUCGCAGUUCACGACGGCGGACGAGUUUACAGACACGACGCUGCGAGUGAUCACCAUCGAACAGAACCAGUUCGGUAACUACACCUGCCGUGCCACCAACAAGCUCGGCCAGUCCUCCGCCACCGUCACUCUAAUAGAGUCCGCAGUGCCGAACAUCAGAUACCCCGGCCUACUGACGCGCUCUUCUGGGGCUGCUACUGCGGGGGCAGCAUUUCCCUCCUCUUCUUGUGACCGCUGCUGCUACUGGUGCUGGUGGUGCUGGUGCGCGCUGCUGGUGCUGGUAGUCAGCAGUGCUGGUGUGCUGUAAAGCUCUGCUGCUGGUGAUGGUGGUGGUGCAUGCUGCUGGUGAUGCUGCUGGUGC